AAAUUGAAUUCAUUUUCUAUUAACCAGACGGAUAAGGACGUUUGGCGGUAGAACGGAGUAUGAGGUGACGUCCAGCGUUUUCUUUGCGUUUGAGGUCUUGGUGGUCAGGAGCAGCCAUGGAGCAGGUGGAGACGCUCUUCAGAGAAGGCGUCAUGUCACAUCUGGAGCAGCUAGAGACCUUGGCGCACAACUUGGCCGCCAGACAAGAGCAGAGCCGGCGGCAGGAGGACAUAGUGCUGGACAAGAGAGAAGUGAUCCUGCAGCUGAAGAAGGAGAGAGACGAGCUGCAGGCCAAGAUCAGGCAUCAGAAGGAGGAGAUCCAGGCGCUGUCAGCAGGAGACGAGGGAAGCCGCUCGCUAGGGCCAAGCACCCAGGAAGCCCUGCAAGAGCUGAGGCUGGAGGAAAUGAAGGGCAUCAUGGAGGCACUGUGGUUCACAGGCAUCAGCGGGAAGAAGACGGACCAUGGCGUUUGCUUCUGUCUCAGCACGGCCUUUGAAGGCCACUACCUGGACUCCUAUUACAUCCAGGUGCAUAGUCUGGAGAAGCCGCGGAUCAUCCGCCACAACGUCCCGCCGUUCAUUCCUCUCAAAGAAAUCACCAAUUCGCACCUGCAAUCGGACCUGAAAAAAUUCCUCUCGGUUCUGUUUGACCAUCUCAACGGGUUCGCCGGGAGAAAAUUCCAGGCCGAUCAGCUUCAGGGCGCUGAGGGCACCUACAUCCCUGACACCCUGCAGAGGAAUUCCCUCCACACCGUCCUCUCCUUCAGUUACAACGUGACGAUCGACAACCAGAAUUUUUGCUUCUCUGCAAAGCUGCAGUACGGCGCUAUUACGGCCGUGCUUCCAACAGAGGCGCUGGUCACGUGUCCAGAAAAUGCUGGACCUGUGCAGGAGGCGGCGGUGUCAUCCCACUCCUCGUUGUUUCGCAGUAAGCCCCUCCAUAGAGCUCUGGAGUCGCUGACUGUAUAGGACUCACUCAGCUUUCCCAGAGUCAGAUAAAUAAAUAAAUACAUUUUUAAUAACUUGAAAGAUGGAGGCGGCCAAGAAGCUAUAACCGAAAAUGGGCGGAAAGUCUCUUAAAGGGCUCGUCUAGUCUUAUGAAGAGUUCUGCAAAAUUUAUAACGGACUUUGUGCUUCAGUUUUUCACCAUGUUCAAGAUCUCUGCUUGCUGUCCGUGCAGUUGUAUUAAUGAAUAAGAUGUAUUGAUAUAAAAUGUGUAAACUGCUCUCACUGUAAAAGUGAAAACGCUCGCCCUCUUGUGGCGAAGUUGUGAAUGGCAGAUGUCAUGGU